AAUCUUUGCUUCAAUGCUCCCCUUAAAUUCCAUAUUUUCUCUGUUUUAAAAAACAAAAAAGGAAAUCUUCAGCCAAAACAACUGACCGCCGUUUCUUUUUCCGGCCAACUCCAGUUGCAAGUUCCUCUCUCUCUGUAACUCAUAUACGCAUAUCUCUGUUUCUCUCUCUUAUCUCUCUGUAUGUAUGUCUCAGCCGAUGUUUUUAAUGGUUUUUGAUUAAUUACUGAUAGUCUUUAGGUAAAUUGGAGAUAUGGAAAAUAUAGUUAAAAAGUAUCAGCAGAGAUUCAGGAAAGUGAAAGAAGAGAUGGACACGUGGAAUGAUCUUCAAUCUCGACUGCUUUCUCAGUUCACUAAUGUUUCUUCCAUCAUUCAGAGAUUACAGGUUCUUCAAAAUUCUAAGAAUUAUGGUGCAUUGAGAUGUGUUGAAGGCAUUCAAGAAGCUGUUUUGCUUAAACAAAUGGAGUCUCUUCAAAUUAUUUUGAUUUCUAUGAAUCAAACUUUGGAAAAAUUUCGUUCUGUCGUGUUAUCGCUUGAGAAGAUGGUUCGUGAUGGUAGACAGCUCGUAAAAGGGGGAUCCACUCAGGUAACUGUGAAACAGCUGCAGCAACGUGUUGGGAUAAAACCAAGUAUUGCUGAUUGCUUGGAUGGGCUAAAACUUCUUUGUGAGAUGCACCAAUCGGAGUGUCGUCUUAAAUUAUCGGUCAUAUCAGCAAUAUCAGCAGUUGCGUUAAAACCCAGUGCAACUGAUGAUUUAGGUGCGCUACAGCAACUGUUGGUUGAUCAGCCUAACAUCCCCAAAGAGGAAGUACAAUUCAUUUUUGAUAUCAUAUUUGCGGAAGAGAUGGCUUGAUGUCCUUUUCACAUGGAUUUUUGGACUGAAGAAGUGCUUUUGGAGCUGGUGAAAUCUGUUUUUUAAGUUCAGACUGAAGUUAAGGCUUUUCCCUGACUAGAGAUAACAUAGUUGUCCAUAUUGGAGAUCAAUCCUGUGGAUAUUGUUUCCACUUGGGUAAAGAAGAGAAUUAUUUUGAUCACUCCAGGUGGAAGGGGUUGGAACCUGGAAAUAGAAGAGAUUCUUAAUAUAGAUAUCACUGUAAACUGUAGCUGCUUUGUAUAUUUAUUUCAUUUUUUAUUGAUAUAUUCUAUAAACAGCUUUUUGUUCUAGUACUCCUUAGUUGGUAACAUAGUUGUGAUCAAAUAUGAAACAUCUUAACUAGUGAUCUUUUUUGCAAGGGUAUCCAAAUUCUGAUUGUUGA